CAUAGAGGACCUACACUGGACGUCUAUGCUCGUAAACUUCGUUCUACAACUCAUCAUACUGAGCUUCUCUGCUUUCGAGGCCACAGCAUCAGCAGACCUGGCGAGCCCUUUAAAAGGCACAAACUUAAUGACGUACCUCGUACUGGCCAUAUUCCAGCUGUUUCUGCUCUGUCGCUGCGGAGACAAGCUGAUGGAAGCUGAGGAGGCGGUGUCGCGCGCCGUCUACGAGUCCCAGUGGUUCGAGGCGCCGCAGAGCGCCAAGCGCAGCCUCGGCAUCAUCGUGAUGCGCUCCCGGCUGCCGCAGCGCGUCACCGUCGGCAAACUGGUCGGCCUCAACCUCGUCACCUUCAGCGAGACCCUCAGCCGGGCUUUCUCGUACUUCACAGUGCUGCGGCAGAUCCGGACGAGCAACUGAAACUGUGUCAGACGAGGAGAAAGGAAGAUAGCUGCAGGGCAGGAAUAAUCUCUUGCUUUAAGACUGUAAUCCGGCUGCUGAUAGAUGCCACUCACUUCGAUCACUGUCACAUAAAAGUAGGAUGUCCUGAAAAUAAACUCCGGCACGUCACUCAA